AUGGCGCUGCAAAGAGAAGGUGGGUCUGUUGUGAGACCACCCCUACUUGAUGGAAGCAAUUAUAUCUACUGGAAAAUGCGAAUGACUUCCUUCAUUCGUGCGGUUGAUGAGAAUGCCUGGACCGCUGUGGAAGAAGGGUGGACUGCUCCUUGUGAUGAGGAAGGGAAACCCAAGCCAAGGAUCAAGUGGACGUUCAAUGAAUUGGCUGCUUCUAAUGCCAAUCAAAAAGCUCUGAAUUCUAUCCAGAAUGCUGUAACUAUGGAGGUGUUUGCUCUUAUAUCCAUGUGUGCUAACGCAAAAGAGGCGUGGGAUGUUCUGAUGAGUACUUAUGAGGGGAAUUCUAAGGUUAAAAAACAGCGUCUCCAGCAACUUGCUACGAAGUUUGAAGAACUGAGGAUGGACGAGAAUGAGGAUAUUAGCAUCUUUCAUGGCAAACUACUUGCUCUUGCUAAUGAAAGUUUCUCUCUUGGAGAAAGAAUCCCUGAGGAAAAGCUUGUGCGAAAGGUGAUGCGUGCUCUACCUGAAAGAUUUGACUACAAACUCACUGCCAUAGAUGAAGCAAGAGACGUCAGUGAUAUGAAGCUUGAAGAACUCAUAGGUUCUUUAAGAACGUUCGAAAUGAAUCUUCGGCCAGAGAGAUCUGAGAAAAAGAAGAGUAUCGCCUUUGUCGCCGAUUCCGGAAAUAACAAGAAGGACUCCACAAAAUUCGACUCUGAUGACUUGGUUGAAUCUCUUGCUCUAUUCACCAAGAACUUUGGUAAAGCCUUCAAUAAGUACAUGAAGAAUAAUAUGGGCAACAAAGGUUUUCAGAAUGCAAAAAGCUUUCAACUAUCUCAAGGGAAGAAGGAUCAAGGGUCUGCUUCAAGAUCUGGAAUUCAAUGCCACGAAUGUCAUGGGUAUGGUCAUAUUAAAGCCGAGUGUGCCAACACAUUAAAGAAGCAGAAUAAAUCCUUCAAUGCUUCUCAAAGUGAUGAUGAAACGGAUGACAGUGGGAGCGAUUCAGAGGAUGAACCGGUUGCUCUUCUAAGCUCUACUGAUCUUUCUAAGAAGGAGGAUAUUGAGGAUGAUCCCCUGAAAAUUGGAGUAGAUUCUGACUCUGAAGAAAAAGUUGUCGCCUUUACUGCAAAAUUGGAGGAAGUCGCUCCAAAUACCUCUUCAGAUGAUGUUACUGUGGAAGAGACUGAAAGUGAUAAUGAGGAUAUUGAUGAAAGCUUCUUGACAGAGAAUUAUGAACUGAUGUACAAGAAGUGUGUGGCUGUGCUUGAGCUGAAUAAAUCUCUUUCCACUCAACUUAGCAAUGUCUCGAAGGAACGUGAUGAUCUUGUGGAGCUCUGUGAAAAACAAAAGGCUGAACUGGUGGCUCUUCGACAGACUAUGAAAUCUAAGAUUGGUGAACUGGAGCAUCAUCAAAAACUUGUUAAAAUGAUGAAUACCGGGACUGAAAAGUUGGACGAAAUUCUGGAAAAUAGUCAAAGCUCUGGAAAUAAAGCUGGAUUAGGCUUUCAAAGCAAAGAUUGGGUUCCUAAAGACAAUGGAGGAAAAGCUAAAGACACGCCCCACAAAGAAGUUGAUCAGCCGCCUAAACCACAUGUGCAUCGACUAGCUGCUUAUAAAAAUGCUCCUCCGAAGAAUAACUACAAUAGAUCUUUCGUUCCAACUUGUCACUACUGUGGAAGGAGAGGUCAUAUCAGACCUAGAUGUCGAUUUCUUCUACGCGACAUCCAAAAUAUGAGAAAUUCCCAAAAUUAUCGGCCAAGGAUGAACAGAGGAUAUGUUGUUCACAACUCUCUUUGGUCUGGCUUUCAUCGGUCAUGGUAUUUAGAUAGUGGUUGCUCCAAACAUAUGACAGGAGAAGAGAAGCAUCUGGAAGAUAUUCAUAUAAUUUCUGAAGAAAGAGUAACUUUUGGUGAUGGUGUCCAGGCAAAGGUCGUAGGAACAGGUACUUUGAAUGUUCCAGGUAUGCCUAAACUAAAAAAUGUCAUGCUAGUUGAAGGUUUGAAGGCCAAUCUGAUCAGUAUCAGUCAGCUCUGCGAUGAACAAAUGACGGUCAUUUUCGACAAAGAUAAGUGCAUUGUUAAAGAUGGAGAUGAGGAGUAUAUCUCGGGCAAGCGAUCAAGUGAUAAUUGCUACAUUGUAUCUCCUGAUAAUUCAUGUAUUCAGGUUCUUGGAGAUGAUACUGAUACAUGGCAUCAAAAACUUGGACAUACCAGCCUGAGAAACAUGAAAAAGCUCGUGAAGACAGAUGCUAUCAGAGGUCUUCCCAAGCUGGUGAUUAAUACUAAACACAUCGAGAUUCACCAUCAUUUUAUUAGAGAAUUGGUAGAGGAGAAAACUCUCAAUUUGGAGUUCUUGCCUACUGAAAGACAAAUAGCGGAUAUUUUGACGAAGCCGUUGGAUGCCGAAAGAUUUGAGAAGUUACGUGGAGAGCUGGGGCUCUAUAUGAAGUACGCUUAUCCUGGUCAAUCUUCUGUUAAUCAAGUCAAACUUGAUCAGACUUGUGUUUAUUGGUCCUGUGAUCAUUCAAGUGUUGUGCGAAUGGAUCAUCCCAUUGGUAUGAUAAAGAGCCCAAGAUCAGAGACCUUUCAUCUCCUUAUUUCGGUUCCCGCGGCAAAAUUGAGUAUCACUAUUUCUCUCAAGGGAAGUUAUCUCUCCAAGAGCUCCGAAGAUUCUGACGCCUCCGACCAUACUCACUCUGUAGAGGACGGUCAACCUUCACCACCUGUUCAAAUUGAAGGUGUGAACAACAAUUUUACUGAUGAGAAUGGUGAUUCUAGCGGCAAUGAUGAUCCUCCUCGAACAGCUGCUCAAAUUGCUCGCGGAAUUUGGGCUGAUUUGACAGCCUCGCGUAAAUGCUUCGCGGCAAUGGUCCUGCUGGUGCAAUACCUGAUGAAGGUGGUGGUUGCUAUGGUGCUUGCUUAUAGUAAUUUUUGGAUGAUGGCAUGUAAUCCAAGAACUCCGAAAAGUGAUUUUGUCUACACCAAUGACAAAGGGGGAGAUUAUAAAAAGGAGUUUCUGCUGAAGUCUCACAGAAUGUCUCUUGUUGAGUUGCUUGUUCGGUUGCAAGGUUCUGCUGGAGUGUUUCUUGAUGUUGGUUUGAACGUGGAUUGA